CAACUCUCUCUCUCUCUCUCGCCCUCUCUCGAAGUGUGAGAAAUGGGAGUGAAGCUGUAUGGACACCCGAUGUCGUCGUGCACGUUGAGGGUGAUGGCGUGCCUCUACGAGAAAGGGGUCGAUUUCGAGCUCGUCCCGGUCAACAUGUUCGCCGGCGAGCAGAAGAUGCCGGAUUUCCUCGCCAAGAAUCCUUUCGGGAAGGUUCCGGUCCUAGAAGAUGGCGAUCUUACCAUUUUCGAAUCAAGAGCAAUCACGGAGUACAUAUCCAAGAAGUACAAAUCCCCCGGCACCGAAGACCUCCUCCGCUCCGACAGCCCCGAAGAGUCCGUCACCGUCCGCGUCUGGGUCGAGGUGGAGUCCCACCACUUCCAGCCGGUGAUGUCGCCGAUCAUCUUCCAGCACUUCGUGGUCCCGCUCCAGGGCAAGGUGCCGGACCAGGCCCUCAUCGACGACCACCUCGCGAAGCUCGCCGGGGUCCUCGACGUGUACGAGGCGAGGCUGGCCAAGACCAAGUUCCUCGCCGGCGACUUCUUCUCCCUCGCCGACCUCCACCACUUCCCCUACAUGUACUACUUCAUGAAGACGCCGUGGGCUGCGGCGGUCACCGACCGCCCCCGCGUGAAGGCGUGGUGGGAGGAGAUGUCCGGGCGGGCGGCGUUCAAGAAGGUGGACGAGGGCAUGAAGUUUGGUGAGGAUAAGAAGUGAGUGAAGCGAAGCGGAAAAGACCAAAAGAAAAAUGAAUGUCGUGCGAAUGUUUUGCUUUUGAUUCAGUGUUAGUGUAGUGCGCGUUCUGCGUGAAUUGUGAUGGGGGUUCAUAGGCUAGUCAGAAGGUGUUUUGUCUGCUGAACUAUUGCGAAAUCCAUUUUCUAGCGAA